AUGGCACCAGUACAGGAGGAAACCAAGGAUCACAAACAACCACCAUCUGUGGUUGCCAAAGAUGCAAACCCACCAAAAAAACAUGUUGACAAAGAGGAAGAAGAGUUAUCUGAAGAAGAUCAACAAUUGAAGGAAGAGUUGGAACUGACGGUAGAAAGAUUGAAGGAACCAAACCAAUCAAAAGGCCAAUAUGGGAAAUAUUUGGAAUCAUUAAAGAGAUCAAUUCAAGACUCUACAACGUCCAUGACUGCAGUGCCAAAGCCAUUGAAAUUUUUGAGACCUAAUUAUCCAGACUUGACGGAAGUGUAUGACGAAUGGAGUAAGAGUUAUGGUGAAAAGACCCCAAUCGUAUCCAAUUUGGCUGAUAUCUUGUCAGUUUUGGCAAUGACUUAUUCUAAUGAAGACAAAAAGGAAUCAGUAAAGUAUAGAUUAUUGUCAAACACGGACACUAUUCAAGACUGGGGACAUGAGUAUUUGCGCCACUUGGCCUUGGAAAUAGGUGAAUCUUAUCAAGAGAAUUUAGGUGUGGAUGAAGAAUUAGUGUCUAGGUUAACACAAUUGGCAUUGAAAAUUGUUCCUUAUUUCUUACAACACAAUGCUGAAGCCGACGCUGUGGAUUUGUUGUCUGAGAUAGAGUCUAUUGAUAAAUUACCCCAAUUUGUUGAUGACAACACCUAUGCUAGAGCCUGUCUUUAUGUCACAAGUAUGGUUCCAUAUUUGGCUCCACCUGAUGAUCUUUCCUUUUUAAACACUGCAUUUGCUAUAUACUUGUCUCACGGUCAAUUAACACAAGCUUUGACUAUAGCAAUUAAAUUGGAUGACAAAGAAUUAAUAGAACAAGUAUUCAACUCAACAAAAGAUGAGUUGGUUCAUAAACAAUUGGGUUUCAUCUUGUCACAACAACGCAGUAAUUUCAAAUUACCAGAAGAAAAUCAAGAAGUUCAAGAAACUAUAAGUAAUGUCAAAUUGAGUGAAUACUUUCAGUACUUAAUCAAAGAAUUGAAUUUAUUGGAUCCUAGAGUCCCCGAAGACGUUUACAAAUCACAUUUAGAAAAUUCAAAAUUUGGUUUAGGAACCUCGGGAUCAAUUGACUCUGCCAAGCAGAAUCUUGCCGCUGCUUUUGUCAAUGCCUUUUUGAAUCUUGGUUUUGGUAAAGAUAAAUUGGUUAAAUCAGAAGAAGAUAACAAGUCUUGGAUUUAUAGAACAAAAGGCAAAGGUAUGGUAUCAACUACAGCAUCAUUGGGCUCGCUUCAUCAGUGGGAUGUCAAUGAAGGGUUACAAGUCUUGGAUAAGUACACAUAUUCUGAUGAUCCAGAAGUCAAAGCUGGUGCUUUGUUAGGUACUGGUAUUGUUUCUGCCAAUGUUCAUGACGAUGUUGAUGCAGCACUUGCGUUGUUGCAAGAUUAUGUCAACGACUCCAACAAAUUAUAUCAAACAGCAGCCAUCAAUGGAUUAGGAAUUGCAUUUGCAGGAUCAGCAAAUGAAGAAGUGUUGAACUUGUUACUACCAUUGGUGUCAGAUUUGGAUGCUCCAUUAGAAGUGUCAUGUCUAGCUGCAUUGGCUUUGGGGCAUACCUUUGUUGGAACGUGCCAUGGUGAUAUAACCUCAACUAUUUUGCAAACUUUGUUGGAAAGAGAUUUCGCUCAAUUGGCCAAUAAAUUCAUCAAGUUUAUGGCAUUAGGAUUAGGCCUUUUGUACAUGGGCAAGACCGAACAAGUUGAAGAUGUUUUGGAAACGAUUGAUGCUAUUGAACACCCAAUCAGCAAAACCUUGAAAGUGUUGGUCAACAUUUGUGCAUAUGCCGGUACUGGUAAUGUUUUGCAAAUACAAGCUUUAUUGCAAAUGUGUGCUGCUAAACCAAAGGAUCAACUCGAUGAAGAGAAAAAAUUAGAACAAUCUGAAGAAGAUCAGCUAAAGGAUGAUCAAAAAGAUGAACCAAAGGGUGAAGGAGAAGGCGAUGUUGAAAUGGAAGAUGCAAAAGAAAGUAAUGAAACUCAAGAAGGUGAAUCAACUGAAGCAAAAGCUAAUGAGACCGAGGCAACUGAAACCGAAAAUAAGGGAGAAGCUGAUGAUGAUGAGGUUGAUGAAGAUGAGGAAUUAUACCAAGGAAUUGCCGUUUUAGGAUUGGCUUGUAUUGCCAUGGGUGAAGAUAUCGGACAAGAUAUGUCAUUGCGUCAUUUCGGCCAUUUGAUGCAUUAUGGAAAUUCAUUAAUACGUAGAGCAGUGCCGUUGGCUAUGGGAUUGGUUUCGAUAUCUAAUCCACAAAUUAAAGUUUUUGAAACGUUGUCAAGAUAUUCGCAUGAUCCAGAUUUGGAGGUUGCUCAAAAUUCCAUCUAUGCCAUGGGGUUGGUUGGUGCUGGUACAAACAAUGCCAGAUUAGCUCAAUUGUUGAGACAAUUGGCUUCAUACUAUAUCAAAUCACCUGAUACAUUGUUUAUGGUUAGAGUUGCUCAAGGUUUAUUACAUUUGGGUAAAGGAACCUUGACACUAUCACCAUUCAAUGUUGAGAGAACAGUGUUGUCCAAUACAGCAUUGGCUUCAUUAUUGACGAUUUCUGUGGCAUUAUUAGAUCCAAGAGCAUUCAUAUUGAAUGACUCUACCACAGAAACAAGUCAUGAAUUGUUGUACUAUUUAACUCCCGCAGUCAAGCCAAAGAUGUUGGUGACUGUUGAUGAAAAUUUGCACCCAUUGAAGGUUAAUGUUAGAGUAGGUCAAGCUGUUGAUGUUGUUGGUCAAGCAGGUAAGCCUAAGACCAUUACUGGAUGGGUUACCCAAUCCACUCCAGUUCUAUUAAAUUAUGGUGAACGUGCUGAACUUGAGAAUGAUGAAUGGAUAAGUUUGAGCAAUUCCUUAGAAGGUGUUGUCAUAUUGAAAAAGAAUCCCGAAUUCAUGGAUAUAGACAGUUGA